AUGCGUACCACAUUCUUUGCUUUGGCGGCUUUGCCGUUCUUUGCCAUCGCUCAAGACCCCGUUGCUGAGCCUAUUCCUACUACUACUUCUGAGGUUUUUGUACCGCCUGCUAUUCUGCCUACUACAACCAGCGAAACUAUCUUCAUCCCAGAGACCACUCCAGAAGUCAUCCCUGAUCCUGAGAACACCACUCAGGUACCCGAAGUUCAGGAUACAACUACUGAGCAGCCCCCACCCCCUCCUUCUCCAGACACCACUACAGAGCAGCCCCUGUCUGCCGUUGAUACGACUACGGAAAUCCCUCCUCCUGCAAUUGAUACGACUACUGGUCCUGCCCCUAUCGACAUAUCAACUGAGCUGCCGCCUCAAAUCGUCGAUACCACUACGGGCCCUGCCCCCGCCAUUGACACAUCCACCGGGCCGCAGCCUCCAGUUGUUGAUACAACUACGGAACCCGUGAUCGAUAUCUCUACCGACCAGCCUGAAGCUACAUCUCAGUUGCCUGUUGGGCAGGACACUACCGCAGAUGUGCCGGCGCCUGUCGUGCCUACAACCUCAGAGGUCAUUCCAGACCUCCCAGCGACUACCUCUGAGGGCAGCAAUACUCCCCUGCCAGACACGACUAUUGAGGAGCCUCUGAUUGAUACCACGACGGCAGAUCCAGUGCCGCCUCCUCAGACUACAACCACAGCCGACCCAGCGCCUCCUCAGACAACUACAGAGGAGGCCCCCGUCCAAGAUACCACAAGAGCGGCUGAACAGCAGCCCGUCGAGACCACACAGCCUGAGCCGAAGCCUACUUCUGAAGAAGACGCCAAGCCUACAACAAAAGAAGAUGAAGAAGAUCCUUCUAGCAAGGAAGAGGACUCGCCUGUGAUUACACAACCUCCUGCACCCACUACAGCCCCGCCAGAAGCCACUGCCAGUGUAUCAUCGGUAUCAUCUCAGAUCGCUUCCCUGAUCCCUGUUAUCGACAAGUGGAAGGAGGAUCCCGAGUCUCUCAAGGACCAAACCAACAAGGAAGUCGAGGAUACCCAUGAUGAUAUCAUUGCUGUUAUCGUCGCUCUUGGCGGUAGUCCCGAUGUUGGCUGUUCUAAUAAGAAGCGUGGUCUUUUGGGCCCGAUUGGGGAUAUUAUCAACAAGCUAGCUUGUAUGGCUGAGGAUCUUACCAAGGUCUCGGGCGGUAUCAUCGCGGGUAACGUCCCUGCUGUAACGGGUGCUGUUUCGGGCGUUCAGGGUAAGAACGACGAGUUGACCGACGAACAGCAAGAUGAUGAUGAGGAUGAGGAUGACAAGACAGAAGAGAAGAGUGAAGAGCAAUCCACCAAGGAAAAGUCAACUGAAGCUACAACUACUGAAGCCCCCACGACGACUCAAGCCCCUACUUCUACUGAGGAGUCUACCACAACCGAGGCCACCACUACCACCACCGGUAUGCCAGAGCCUUGUGCCUCGGGCAUCUGUGGCGGCGGAGACUCUUGUCCCAUGGGACCCGGGCCCGGAAAGAACGGACAGAUGUCUGACGAGGGAGAUGGAGCCGUUGACUGCAAAGAGAUCCCUACCUCCACAACCGACGGGCCCUUGCCAACCAAGCCUGGUGGCUUCAAGGAUCCAUUCAACGCACCUCCCACCUCCCGACCUAGUCCCUCCGAAAAGAGAGAUGUACCUUUGAACCGUCGCGCAUUCGCCGAUGACACCUCUCCUAACGCUGCGUAUGUUGGUUCCUUGAAUCCCAUCUGGGUUAGCCAGCAGGGCGACACAUCUGGUCACUGGUUCAACGCCCCGGGCCCGGCAGGUAGAGGCUCUGCCGGAGUCAAUGGUAUCUAUGGCUGUACCGCUGUUAUGAUCGUCUCUAACGUGGGUACCUAUCUGUCUCACAUCUGGGAGAACCCAGUCUUCAUUGAUGGAGAUUGGAACUUUAAGCCCGAUGACGAAUUUGAAGCCAAAGCUUUCAACGCUCUUCGUGACGGUACGGCUGACGGGAACGCUCUGAGUGUCACUUCCCUUAUCGGCACAGACGAGAACCCAGGUUAUCUGCACUCUUUUAAUGAGCCCAAGGUCUUUAUCAUCACUCCCUUCACUAGUAAUGCCGAUACCAUGUUAUACGGCAUCAACACACUCUAUCGUUAUGAGCAGCGUGCAAAUGAUUUGGCCACCAAACUGGCGGGCAUCAUUCCCGGGGCUUCAAGCCAGGUACUCGGCUACAUCCGAACUGACAAAGACCAGUCAACCGAUAUUUUCGGUUACUGGGGUCGUGCGAUUGUUGAGUUUGACAUGCUUGAGCGGGUUAUCCAAAGCGCCGAAGAGGACGAACUCCUCGGCCUGGGUAUGGCUAUGGGUCGUUGGAGGCUUUGGGUUGAGGACAACCUAGUGACUUCGCAUGAGUUCUUUGUCUUCCCUCCUGCUGCCCCCGCCGCCCCGGCUGGUGGUCAGCGGAAGCGAGCCGAUGAGGACGCUGCUCAUAGCUGUUUGAUUCGCGGCGACGUGACUGCUUCCGCAUCAUCUGGACCCACCUCCACAGAGGCUGUCACUUCGACUGAAGCUGUCACUUCUGAUGCUACUUCGGCUGCUGAGACAUUGGAGACAUCAGCUGGGCCCACUACUGAAACCAAGAACGACGAGACCACUGCUACGGAGACCACUGCUACGGAAACCAUAGCUGAGGAGACUACAACAACAGCUAGUGAGACUACAACCUCCCCCCCUACCACUCUUAUGACCUCCUUCAUCACAACCACAUCGGACCCUGAUACCACCUCUGAUACUUAUACCGGCCCUUAUCCUUGUGUCAACUUUGGUGGCCCUCGAGUCGAGACUCCUCACUGCCAAUGCUCAACCACAACUGCUGGCCAGGUAUUUGUUACUACGGCCGCUCUUAUCUCUGGGCAGUGCCACUACUACCACGAGUACCCAUCUCCUGUCACUCUGGCUCCCACCGAGGCUCCCCCUCCUCCAGAGCCUACCCCCUUCACUACUACUAUGGAUAAUGGUGCUAUUCUGGCAUACCCUGAUCAGUCAGUCAAGGUCGGCAACUAUCCCGGCGGGUCUUACACUUAUACUCAAGGCUCGGGCACUGCCUCGACGAUUCGUCCCGCAGACCCCGUGCAGACCGAUGGUAACAAUAAGGGGUCCAGCCAGUGUCAUUCAAUCGACAACGCCUGCGACCGUGCGAUUGACAACUUCAAGGAUGAUGUCAUCUACACUGAGUUCGCCUCGUACUAUGCUCGCAUUAAGAGCGGCUUCAUUAUUGUCCCCACCUUUGGUCAAGCUGGUUGUGUUGUCGAGUUUGACUGCGAUGACUGGAGUGUCGGUGGUCUGAACGGAAAGCAGAUCAAAGAGGAGUACCAGUACAUGAAGGAUAACACUGGUGUUAGUAAGUGUGGUACUGGUUAUAUGUCCAACACUUGCCGUGUCACAGCCAACUACUGUACCAACUGUAACGAGAGGCAUCAGCUGAUUGACUAG